GCUCCGACUUACUCCAUCUAUUUCACGGCCUUUUGGACCUUCUCCAGCUGCGCGGCGACGGCGUCCUUCGCGUUCGAGGCGGCGACGGCGGCCCCGCGCGCCUCCCAGCCCACCUUGGCGCCGACGAGCCCUCCGAGGACGGCGCCAAUACCGGCGGUCUGGAACGUCGCCUUGAUACCCGCAAACGGCCCGGCCGGCUCGGCCAGUUCGCCCAGGUCCGGGACCGCCCCGGGCAGCGACACCUUCGGCAGGUCGACCUUCUCGGGCAGCACGGACUGGACCUCGGGGGGAAGCGCGGCUUUCGCUUCUUUGAUCGGCUUCAAAACGGCACCGACGGCGUUCGCCUUGGUAGUUUCGACCUGUUCCAAGGCACUGGCUUUGGCCUGCGCCACGCUGUCGACGGCCGCCUCCUUCGCAUCCAACACAGAGUCCUUGGCGUCCAAUACCGAAUCUCUCGCAUCCAAGACCGAGUCCUUGAGCGAGUCGAAGUCGAAGGCGAGGAGGUGCGUGCCGGAGAAGUCAAACGCCAGCAGGUGCGUGCCGAGCUCGUUUAAAAUUGAGGCAGCGCAGGUCGUGGGCGUGCGCCGCCGCGCUGGCGCCGCGUGGAAGCCCGCGGUCAUCCCGCAUGAGAUCAAAAGCAGGGCAGCUCUGGCUUGGCGCAUGGUUUUACAGCCGUGGGAUGCGCGACCUCGCGAGCAAGCGAUGCUGGCGGGUAGAGAGGCUGCAAACGAAGGCGUGCGCGGCUCACAACUCUCCGGCCUGCUGCCUGGCGCGAGAACAGCGCGCUUUUGUUCUAAGAUUCCAGCUUAUCUCGCGGGUUUCCAAGGCUGA